AGCUAUAAAAGAAGAAAGCAAUGGGCUUUAGAGUAAAGCAAGCUGACGCCCAAAAGCAAAGCUGCCUCUGCCUCACCCUUUGUUUAUUCGUCUCUGUAUGAAGUAUGAACUCGUACCAGUGUGAAUCCAAGACUUGAUAUUUCCCAGCGCCCACCACCACCACUAUCACUACCGUUAUCGCCACCAUCUUUUUUGUUUUUUUUCCUCAACCACUCAUCUCGCUUUGUCCCACCACUCAUUUCUUGUCUUCCAAUCUCAAUCUACUCUUUCUAUAAAUCAUAUUAAGCGCUCUGAGCACCACAAUUUGUAGAUCUCUUUCUCUCUGAUCCGAGUGCAGAAAGCAAUGGCGUUCGGGAGAUUCAUCUGUUUGUUCACAGUUGCGGCCUUUCUGGUGUCGCUUCGACCAUGCCUAUCGGAAAAUAUCACCAGAGGAAGCUUCCCGAAGGGGUUCGUCUUCGGGACUGCCUCUUCUGCUUUCCAGUAUGAAGGAGCCGUGAAAGAGGAUGAAAGGGGGCUGUCCGUGUGGGACAAUUUUUCUCAUACAGCUGGCAAGAUACUUGACUUCAGUAAUGCAGACGUAGCUGUGGACCAUUACCACCUAUACCCUGAUGAUGUACAACUCAUGAAGAACAUGGGAAUGGAUGCCUACAGAUUUUCCAUAUCCUGGUCCCGGAUUUUCCCUGAUGGAACCGGGAAAAUAAAUCAGGCAGGAGUCGACCAUUACAAUAGGCUCAUCAAUGCCUUAAUAGCAGAAGGGAUUGAACCAUAUGUGACACUGUACCAUUGGGACCUCCCUCAAGCUUUGCAAGACAAAUACAAUGGAUGGCUGGACCCCCAGAUCAUAAAGGACUUUGCCCUCUACGCUGAGACAUGCUUUCAGCAGUUUGGUGACAGGGUGAAGCACUGGAUCACAUUCAAUGAACCACACACCUUCACAGUCCAAGGCUAUGAUGUAGGGCUGCACGCACCAGGCCAUUGUUCCAUCCUCCUCCGCCUCUUCUGCAGGGCUGGAAACUCUGCAACUGAGCCUUACAUAGUUGCACACCAUGUUCUCCUCUCCCAUGCAACUGUGGCAGAUAUAUACCGAAAAAAGUACAAGGCUAAGCAGAUGGGAUCGCUUGGUGUGGCAUUUGAUGUUAUCUGGUUUGAGCCGAAGACGAACUCUACAGAGGACAUUGAAGCAACUCAAAGAGCUCAGGAUUUUCAGCUGGGCUGGUUCAUCGAUCCUCUGAUGUUUGGGGAUUAUCCAAAGUCCAUGAAAUAUAGAGUAGGAAGCCGGUUGCCAAACUUUACCAGAGAUGAGUCUACUCUCCUUAAAGGGUCUUUGGAUUUUGUUGGCAUAAACCACUACACAACAUUUUAUGCAGAAAGCAAUGCAACCAACUUGAUUGGGUUUCUACUCAACGAUUCCCUGGCAGACAGCGGGGCCAUUACCCUUCCUUUCAGCAAAGAUGGACAACCUAUAGGAGACAGGGCAAAUUCCAUCUGGUUGUAUAUAGUACCUCGUGGGAUGAGAAGCUUAAUGAAUUACAUCAAGCAAAAGUAUGGGAAUCCUCCUGUCAUUAUCACUGAAAAUGGGAUGGAUGAUGGAAACAAUCCAUUGACUCCUAUUAAAGAUGCUUUGAAGGAUGACAAAAGGAUCAAAUACCACGAUGACUACCUGCAGAGUUUGCUGGCUUCCAUUAAAGAGGACGGGUGCAAUGUGAAAGGGUAUUUUGUAUGGUCUCUGUUAGAUAAUUGGGAGUGGGGAGCUGGAUUCACUUCGAGGUUUGGUCUCUUCUUUGUGGAUUAUAAGGACAAGCUCAAGAGAUACCCCAAGAACUCUGUUCAAUGGUUCAAGAACUUCCUGAAUUCUCCCUAAAAAUUGAGAAAAGAUAAAAUAAAAUAAUGAAGGUAUUGAAACCACACAUUUUAAAAUUGAAUGUAGAGGAGCUGCUAAAAUUUGCAGCUUCUGUUAUGUCAUUUGUAACAAAAUGUGUUGGUUUUAGUGCGUUCAGUUCAGGUGGUUUCUGCACAAAAUGUUGUUUGGAAGAAGUUGCAAGGGCAGAGGUUAAUGUGUCAAAUGCCGCCACAUGUUAAAAUCUCAUUUGUGCCUUUUGAAAUUUCAUGAAAAUAAAGCCUACAUAAAUUAUGAAUGUAAA